CCAUGAGCCGGUGAGACGGAGACGGAAGGCGGGUGGGAGGGAGCGGGUUCGCCGCUGGGUUUCUGACCCUCCCCCGCCCUCCCGAUGGCGGAGACGAAGAUAAUUUACCACAUGGACGAGGAGGAGACGCCGUACUUGGUGAAGGUGCCGGUUCCGCCGGACAGGGUCACCCUCGGUCACUUCAAGCAGGUUCUCAACAACAGGCCGAGCUGCAGCUUCAAAUUCUUCUUCAAGUCCAUGGACCUGGACUUCGGGGUUGUGAAGGAAGAAAUUUCAGAUGACAAUGCCAAGUUACCGUGUUUCAAUGGGAGAGUGGUCUCAUGGCUGGUCCUGGCUGAAGGCUCAGCAUCUGACGGCGGCUCACAGUGUGCAGACAGUAUGUCAGAGUUACCGCCCCCCAUUGAGAGGACUGGCGGCAUCGGCGACUCCAGGCCACCAUCCUUCCAUGCUAACACAGCUGGCAGUCGGGACGGACUGGACAAUGAAACAGGGGCAGAAUCAAUCUUGAGCAUCAGGCGGGAGCGGGAUCGACACCGGCGAAGGAACAGAGAACGUGAGGUGCAUGAUGAUGUUCCACGAGUAAAUGGACAUACUAAAACAGAUCGGCAUCGCAGUGCAGGUGGCUAUGAGAGUGCUUCCACAGUGGUGAGCAGCGAGCUGGACUCGAGCAGCUUCAUUGACUCAGAUGAUGACAACACCAGCAGGUUAAGUAGCUCAGUGGAGCAGAGUGCUUCCUCUCGACUCAUGAGGAGACAUAAACGCAGGAGGCGGAGACAUCGCAUGAAACAGGUGGACAGGUCCUCGUCGUUGAGCAGCAUCACAGAUUCCACUAUGUCCCUCAAUAUUAUCACCGUGACACUCAACAUGGAAAGAUACAAUUUCCUGGGGAUCAGUAUCGUAGGUCAAAGUAAUGAUCGGGGCGAUGGUGGGAUAUACAUCGGGUCAAUAAUGAAGGGAGGUGCAGUGGCAGCUGAUGGCAGAAUUGAGCCUGGUGACAUGCUUCUGCAGGUCAAUGAUGUCAAUUUUGAAAACAUGAGCAAUGAUGAUGCUGUGAGAAUUCUUCGGGAAAUUGUCUCAAAACCUGGACCUAUCGGCUUAACAGUAGCCAAGUGUUGGGACCCCACCCCAAGGAGCUAUUUCACCAUCCCCAGGACAGAACCAGUGAGACCCAUUGACCCAGCGGCCUGGAUCUCUCAUACUACUGCUAUGACAGGAACAUUUCCUCGCUAUGGUAUGAGCCCCACCACCAGUGCCAUCACUUCCACCAGCUCCUCACUAACCAGCUCUGUCCCAGAUUCAGAAAAGUACGAGGAUACUCCACUCACAGUUAAGAGCGACAUGCCUGUUAUUGUCAAGGCCAUGCAGUUGUCUGACUCGGGGUUAGAGAUCCGUAACCGACUGUGGUUGAAGAUCACCAUUUCAAAUGCUGUAAUUGGAGCGGAUGUGGUCGAUUGGCUUUUCUCACAUGUGCAAGGUUUCAAAGAUCGUCGUGAAGCAAGGAAAUAUGCCAGCAGCAUGCUGAAACAUGGCUACCUAAGGCACACAGUGAACAAGAUUACCUUCUCCGAGCAAUGUUAUUACAUCUUUGGUGACCUCUCUACCAAUUUGGCUGGCCUGAGCUUAAAUGAAGGUUCCAGUGGGACAUCAGAGCAUGACAUCCUCGCACCUCUUCCACAUCCAAAUUGUCCCUGGCCACUGACUCAGGGCUUCCCAUAUCAGUAUCCACUGCCUCAUCCGUAUUACUCGUCCACUUGCCAGGAUCCUGCUUUGACCUAUGGAAAUGGCAGCACCGGGAGUCAGCAGAGUGAAGGAAGCAAGAGCAGUGGAUCCAAUCGGAGCAUGGGUGAGAGGAAAGGCUCAGCAGGGAAGGAAAAGGAGCAGAAAGCAGACUCCAAGUCAGUGGGUAAUGGAAGUGAGCCAGACCGUACCACUGGGAACAGCGUACACUGCGAACGGCCAGCAAGCCAGCUCAGUCACCACAGCUAUUGCUCUCAUGGACCUCCGGGGGUCCCUCCUGUUUACCAGCUGCCCACAGUCACGGUAACAAGUGGGCCUCCUGGAGCUCCUCCUGUCCGGGAUCUAGCAGCAGUCCCUCCCGAGCUAACGGGCAGCCGGCAAUCCUUCCAAAAGGCCAUGGGUAACCCCUGCGAAUUCUUUAUUGACAUUAUGUGACAUCAUCAGCCUUCUGCACUAAACAACACUAAAGUCUUUGCACACAACACUGCUUGUGUCUCACUCCUGGUGUCACAAGAACCUCAGGCUUCUAAUUCUAACCAUGGUUCUCUUUGUUAUCUGUCCUCCAUUAAUAACAACUUUAAAUGUAUUGGUUUUGGUAAAUAUUGGUGCCAAGGACAGCUUUAUGUAAGUGUAUUGCACAUUUCAGUGUAAUCAUCACCUUCUGUGUAGACUUAAAAAAGAUGUUGAAGACCUUUUGACCUGGCUGGAUGAUGAUCUCAGAUGGGAAUUUCAUAUAGUCCUCUCAACAUCAUUCAUCUGCUGUUGUGAUGGGUGCACCCUGUUUUUGUUAUUGUGGAUCAUGUAACCCUUUUAGCAAGCACUGUUUUGUUAUACAGAGAUGGCUCAGCACAAAGGGAUGUGAUUCCAUUCCCAGUGCAAUGACGCACAAAUGAUUCACUUUCUUCGCAGGUUAGCAGCCUCCCAAGAAUUGUUUUCCAUUGAAGCAUAAAGAAAGUUUCAGCUACAUCUCCAAACAUUCAAACAGGUCUUUCACGCUGUAGCUUAUUCCCCUGAACAACAGGAAUGCCGCGUGUGUACAAUCCACAAUUUCUUUAAAUUGUCUAGCUUGGGCACUUUUGUUCUGGUUAUUGCUGAAUGAUGUAACUGGAUCAGUCAUUUCUGAAAGUUUCACAGUUUGAUUGGAACAGCUACUGAGACAUGAUACUUUGGUUCAGUGCUGCUUUCAGUGUUGAGACCUAUUGCAUCCAGCCUGCAAUCAUAAGGACAUGAAUUCGAUUAUGCUUUAUUUCACAGUUUUCACACUUGUAAUGAAGAUGCUAACUCUCAGGGGGAUGCAAAUUUUAUGGGCCCCAUUUGCCCUAUAAUCAUGUGCAAGUGGCCAUUAUUCAAGUGCAAUGAGUGUCAGUAGAUCAUUCAAAUGAGAUUGCCCUGCUCUGUAAUCUUUGGGACUCGUUGCCCCAUACUGGGUGUCAUCUGUCCACCCCUAUUUCUACUCCACCUGCUCUUUUUCUUUACUGUGAGCAGUUUAGAGGCUGGGAAUUCUGUGGUGAAUAACUGAUGUCCUCACUUCCCAAAGCCUAUUCACUAUCUACAAGGCACAAGUCAGGAAUGUGAUGGAAUGCUCUCAAUUUGCCUUGCUGGGUGUAGCUCUAAUAAAAUACUUUAGAAGCCAAAAAA